UUUCCUUUAUCUUUCUUCUUUACUAUCACUAAAAUCUCUAAUUCUUUCCUUGGGCUUGCCUCCAUUUAUACCAAAUCAAACUUCUUCUCUUUCACUUCUGUGCUCUCUCAUCACCUAAAGAACCAAAAUUUAGACGAAGCUCGUUUUAUUUUCGAUAAAAUCCCUCUCCCCAGUGUUCAUUUAUGCACUAAGAUGAUCGCGGGUUACGCUGAAAACUGUAGACUCGAUGAUGCCUUGAAACUGUUCUACAAAAUGCCUGUUAGAGACACAGUUUGUUGGAAUUCAAUGCUUAAAGGGUGUUUGAGUUGUGGGAGUUUGAAUAUGUCCAGGAAACUUUUUGAUGAAAUGCCUGAAAGAAAUGUGGUUUCUUGGACAACCAUGAUUAAUGGGUACUUGCAGUUUGGGAGAAUUGAAGUGGCUGAGUGCUUGUUUCGUGAGAUGCCUAUGAGAGAUAUAGCGGCUUGGAAUUCGAUGAUUUAUGGGUAUUUUUGUAAUGGCAGAGUUGAUGAUGCUAUGAAGUUGUUUGAGGGAAUGCCUUGUCGGAAUGUGAUUUCGUGGACUUCAAUGAUUAGUGGUCUUGAUCAGCAUGGGAAGACCAAUGAAGCUUUGUUUCUCUUUCAACAGAUGGUGGUUUCUGGUGUUGAACCCACUUCAAGUACGUUUUCUACUGUAAUAACAGCUUGUGCAAAUGUGCCCCAUUUACAACUAGGUGUUCAGGUUCAUGCCCUUGUUGUCAUGCUAGGUUACUCUUUUGAUGCAUUUGUUACUGCUUCUCUAGUCACGUUUUAUGCAAACUGUAAGCAAAUUGAUAAUUGUUGCAAGGUAUUUAAUGAAAAGUUACACAUAAAUGUGGUUGUAUGGACUGCUCUUUUGACUGGCUAUGGUUUGAAUCGUAAGCACGAAGAUGCAUUGAAGGUUUUCAGUGACAUGAUAAAAUUGGGUAUCCUUCCGAAUCAAUCUUCUUUUACUAGUGCCUUGAAUUCAUGCUGUGAACUGGAGGCUCUUGAUAGAGGUGUUGGAAAUGAUAGGGGUUUGGGAUGGUGUGGAGGAGGCUUUGGGCCGUUCGUUAUCCAGGGCGGUUCAGAAAGGUUUGUUGACAGGUUUCAAGGUGGGAUGGCGCAGAAUACUAGCUUGGUGGUGUUUCAUUUGUUUUAUGCAGAUGAUGCCCUUAUUUUUUGUGGAGCGGAGGAGGCUCAGAUUGGUUAUUUGAGGUGUGUUUUUUUAUGCUUUGAGACGGUUUCGCAUGAAUUUGGGGAGAUCCGAGAUGAUUCCGGCGAAAGGGGUAUAGGAUGGGAUGGUGGGCAAGGUGCAGCGUCGUCUAGCCGGCUGGAAGCUCCAAUACCUUUCGAAAGGAGGCGGUUAAAGAAGUUACAGAGGGAUUUCUUAUGGGGUGGUGGUUAUGAGUCUUUUUAUUACCAUUUGGUCGCAUGGGAUCAAAUUUGUUCUCCUAAAAUGAUGGGGGAUUUGGAGAUUCGGAGUUUGAUUUCGUUCAAUUUGGCCCUUCUGGGAUGCGGAAACGGUGGAUCACUUGCUGAUUUGCUGUCCAGUUGCGUCACGUCUUUGGAUGCUAUCUUCAGUUUGGCUUGGGCUCAAUCCAGGACAAUGUGGGCGGUGUUACUAAGUUGGGCUGGGGGAAGGGUUAGGAAGCGCCGUCAGAAGGCUUGUAUUGUGGCUCAUUUGGUUGGGGCGUAA